AUGUUCAAGCUUGCAGCCCUCGCCGCCCUCAUCCCUCUCGCUUUUGCCGCUCCUACCGGUGAAUUCUCCAAACGCGAUGAUUCGACCCACCUCAACUGUGUCCGAUACCAAUACUCCGGCCCAUUCACAUCCACCGGUUUCAACGGCCAAAUCCAUUUCUACUCCAACAUCACCUCCUUCGACUCUGGCUCCCAGACCACCUCGUUCAACGAAUCCCGCCUCGGCCUCGCAAGAGACGGGUCUAUCCAGCCUUGUGGCGACUGUCGUACGACAGAGUUGUUUGGGUUUGAAGUGUGUGAGACGGAUUCGCAGCUUGCUUUUAAUGGAUUGCAAAACUCUGCACACUCUUUCUACGGACAUGUUACAUACUCCAACGUAUCCCCCACCCAUCAGUGUCUCGCCGCAUUCCGUCUCCCGCGCGAAGGCUCCCCCCUCGCCUUGAGAGAGUGCGAGUAUGACUACGACAAUGCGGCUGCAUCGGGCCAGUACUGGCAAAUUACAACCUAUGACGACUCCGUCAUCGCUAUGCUCGUCGAUGAACACGGUUCAUACGGCCCUACACCCGAGUUGAACAACAACGGUUCUCUCGUCUUGUACGACCCGGUGGGCGCCAACAGGACGUUUACGUAUUUCGGGUUCAAGGCGCAAGAGUUCUAA